UUUACAGUAUAAAAAUUAAAAAAUCAAAUAAAUUCGCGUUAGUUGAGGUAAGAGUAAUUCUCUUUUGAAUAGCAAAUUUGAGGAGCUUGUUUGAUCAUAUAAUUUUGGAUAAAGAUGUCUGGUGGAGAGGUUAAAAAAGUUUCACCUCAAGAUUUACAACUGGUACAACAUCUUAUAGAACGGUGUCUUCAGCUUUACAUGACCCAAAAGGAAGCUGUUAGUACACUACAAUAUCAAGCAAAAAUAGAACCUAGUUUUACUGAACUCGUUUGGCAGAAGCUUGAAGAAGAAAAUCAAGAUUUUUUCAAGGCUUAUCACCUGAGAUUGAUUUUGAAGGACCAGAUACUGAAGUUCAAUAAAUUGCUUCAGACGCAAGCUGAACUGAUGAGUCAGUUAUCCACUGCUUCUGGACCAGCUUCAGUUCCUAUCUCUAAUGGAUCUCAUGCUCCUCUAUAUAAUACAGGACAAGCUAUGAAGCCAGAUAACAUGCAUCAGUCUACGGUUUCUAAGUUGCCUAGUGGACUCACUAAUGGUGGACCAUCUGCCCACCCAUUCAUGCAAUCCGGUGCUGGUAUGUCUGGUUUACCCAGAAGGGAUGACGUUUCACCAAACCCACUAAUGGCCCAAAAUCCAAAUAUGGGACUUAUGCAAGGAAUGGAUACCGAAGGCAUGAAUAAAUCAAAAUCUGGUUAUGCAGAACCCUCUUUUAUGUACAAUGCUGCAAACAAUGCACUAGAACGGCAACCUGCUAUGGCAGAGGUACCUAUUCCUUCUUUUAUGGGAGAAGAAUCCAAUCCGAAACCCGUGAAUGAAUCAGUAGUUGACCUGGAUACAUCGUCAUAUGGAUUUUUAGGACAGAUACCUAGAAAUUUUAGUCUGUCAGAUUUGACGGCAGACUUCUCUAUAAGUUCAGAUAUACUCGACAACUAUUCUAGGUCGCCCUUCUUGGCGGCAGAUACAGAUUUCUUGAAUCCACAUGGUAACCAAGACAUCCAAGACAGUAAAAGGUUGGACACUAUAUCAGAAGGCUUGAGUUAUGAAGGGUUUGGCAGUGAUUGAUAUAUUGUCACUCAUGGUCGAAGACAUUAAAGGCCAAGUAGACAGAAAUUUGGGUAAAUAACUUCAUGCAUCCGACCUGUCAAAUAAAGAUAUGAAGGUGGUUAUGUCCGGGGAGGUAAAAAUUAGUUAUUGGUGUAGGUCUGUGGAUGUUUUCUUUUUUUCUUACAUAGUUUGAUGAUUUGGUAUUUUUCUAGGAUGUUUCUUUGAUUUGGAUUUCGGUUUUGGUUUAGAAUUUUAAUGUAAAUGAUUCCUGACUAGAAUUUUAAAUUGUAAUUACUUUUUUUUCUGUA